AUGCAAGGCACCACUCUCAUCCAGCUUUACGCCUGCCUACAACAGGCGCUCUGUCCACUUGAUGUCUCUGUUGAACCGCACUGCUACACCAAAAGGAGGAAGCAUAUGACCCCAUCGACCGUCGUCAAGAUUGACUCCUUUGGCAAGGAAUUCCAGCAGCGCCUCGUGAUGAUGACGGAGAGCACUGAUGAGCGGAGUGCCGCUGGACCCCAAAUCAUAAUUCACAUCCCCGCCGUUGUCCAGGGUUACCUGUAA